AGUGAACGGGGGCUUUUAUUUUGAAGCGCAGCCCACAGUCCUGCAGGACUUGCUGCAGAACCUCUGGUACCACAGACUUCAUCUGAAGAGUCUGGUACGUGGUGGUUUAACAGUUCGCAGGGAAGAGACAGAGAAGAUGAUGCUCCCCGGGCUUCUCACCGUGUUCCUGGCUGUUCUCAGCUCCUCUGAGAGCAAAAGCAAAGACCUGUACACCUUCAAAGUGGUGAACAGCAGAGGGAAGUUAGUUUCUCUGGAGAAGUACCGAGGCUCGGUGUCGCUGGUGGUGAAUGUAGCCAGUGAAUGUGGCUUCACAGAGGAACACUACAAAGACCUUCAGCAGCUCCAGCGGGACUUUGGGCCAUAUCACUUCAAUGUGCUGGCGUUCCCCUGCAACCAGUUUGGGCAGCAGGAGCCCGGCAGCGACAAGGAGAUUGACAGCUUUGUCCGCAGGGUCUACGGCGUCUCCUUUCCCCUGUUCAGUAAAAUCGCUGUCGUCGGAACUGGAGCCAACAAUGUCUACAAGUACCUCGUUGAGGCCUCUGGAAAAGAACCUGACUGGAAUUUCUGGAAGUAUCUGAUUGAUGUUAAUGGCAAAGUGGUGGACACAUGGGGACCAAAAGUGUCUGUGAAAGAAAUCCGACCUAAAGUAGCUGAAAUGGUACGGCAGAUAAUCCUCAAGAAGAAAGAAGAGCUUUAACCCCUUGUUUCAACACAGUGUUUUGCAGUAUGAGAUUUAAUACGAACUAGAAGGACAAAUGGAAAGCUUGUAUGUUGCUCGUACAAUCUAACUGUCUAAUAUAAACCAUUCAGUUCAAUUUAUAUAUCAAAAGCAAAUUGUAAUUGCUUUCUGAAAGCACUGAUGAAACCACUAUGUUUUUACAAGUCAAGUUAAGAUGUAUGUAUUUUGAAACUGCGGUUUUAUGCCAAAGAGCCCCGUUUCCCUGUUUGUAAGUCAUGUGGAUUUUAUGUUUGAUUUGUGGAAUAAAUGUUUGAUACCUCAA